GCGGCCCCGCUCCCCGUGAAGGAGGAGGCGGCGCGGCAGGGCAGCGGCCGCCGCCGCCAUGCAGCCGUUGCACCGGGCCCUGGCGCUGCUGCUUCUGGCCGCCGGGACAUUGUGCCUCUGCCUUGCCUCUUCAGAAGAGCCAACUGCUGAUGGCCUCACUUCAACUUCCCUGCUGGAGUUUGCUAUGAUGUCCCAUCUGGAGGCCCUGAAUUCCCAUGAGCAAACCAGCCCAGAGGCCCCAGAGGCUGAACUCACCCCCAGCUCUCUGCAUACUGCCCCAGGAUCAGGCUUUGCCAGCGAGGAGAAUGAGGAGUCCAAGAUCUUGCAGCCCCCGCAGUACUUCUGGGAAGAUGGGGGAGAGCUCAACGACUCCAGCUUGGACUUGGGACCGGCAACAGACUACAGCUUCCCUGUUGCCUCUCAGAAGGCCCAGCCCAAAGGGAACAGGACGCAGAUGAAAGACACGUGGGAAACAGCCACCCUUCAGCCACCAGCAGAGCCAGCUGAGCUGGACUCACACACAUCUUUCUCUAGCACGCUGGAGGAAGAGGAGGGGCUACUUCCUAUAGACCACUCGAAAGGAGGGCCAGAGAUCCUGCAGACCUCCAGGCCGAAGGACACAUCAUCCAAACCAGUAGGCCAAGAGGACUCCUUGCUAUCCGUCCUGUUUUCCACAGUCUCUGCAAGGCCAAGUGUUGUGACUGAGGCAGCCACAGGAAUUCAAGAAGAGGAAUCUGUUCCUCCAGGCUUAGACCUUGGGAGUAGCAUGGGGCCAGGCCUUCAGCCUGUGUCCUCUGUCUUUUCUACUACCACUGCAAGAUCCCCUGGUGUUUCAGAAGAGCCUUUUGAGCUGACAGCUGGGGACACAUGGGCUGUUGAGGGAGCAGGUUUGGAGCCAACUGUGAACACCCCAAAAACAGAGCUUGCAGAGCCUGCAGUGGAGGCUGAUGAUGAAGAGCAUUUGGCCAAAGAGGAGUUCCCAGAGACCACGGUGAGGUGGGAGACGCUGGAGCCCACGGUGCUAGCUGGAACAGAGCAGACAGUGGAAAUGUCUGUGGGGACACCCUCUCCCAGCAGCAUCUCCCCAGACACUCAGACCUUUUCUGGUGGAGACCAGCACCCUAGAUACUCCACAGCUCUUUGGGACAGAUCUGAUGAGCCAGCCCUGGAUCUUGCCUGGAAUGACACAGAGUUGGCCACAGAGACCGUGGCAGCAGAGAGGAGCAUGUCACCACAGGCUGGGGAUGCCCGCAUGGCUGUGCUGCCAACAGAAGUGCCCUGGAGUUCACCACAGGUAAUCUGCAAAGACUGGAGCAACCUUGCAGGGAAAAACUACAUCAUCCUGAAUAUGUCGGAUAACAUCGACUGUGAGGAGUUUCGGCUGGAGAGGGGUCCCCAGCUGCUGGCACUGGUGGAGGAUGCCUUCUCCAGACAGACGGACAGACUGCAGGACCGCUGGCUGAUCUUCCUGAGCAAACCUAAUGAGAACGACAAGCACUUGCUAAUGACACUGGCAGGGGAGCAGGGUAUCAUCCCUACAAAAGAUGUUCUCAUGGCACUGGGGGAUGUUAAGAGGAGCUUAGCUGAGAUUGGCAUCCAGAACUACUCAACCACCACAAGUUGUCAGUCGCACCCUAACCAGACACGCAGUGAUUAUGGGAAACUCUUCGUGGUAUUGGUGAUCAUUGGCUCCAUCUGUGCCAUCAUCAUUGUUUUGGGGCUCAUAUACAACUGCUGGCAGAGACGCCUGCCCAAGAUGAAGAACAUGUCGCAUGGUGAGGAGCUGCGCUUUGUUGAGAAUGGCUGCCAUGACAACCCCACCUUGGAUGUGGCUAGCGACAGCCAGUCAGAAAUGCAAGAGAAGAAGCCGAGCGUGAAUGGUGGAAAUACCAUCAAUGGCCCCGACAGCUGGGAUGUCCUGAUCAAUAAGCAGGCGAACGAGGAUGUAGAUGUGUUUGAGGAAGACACGCAUCUUUAAAAAAAAAAAAAAAAAAAAAAAAAAAAAAAGGCAAAGAGAACACCACCCCUUUAAAUACAUUUGUCUCUCUACCAUUUUGACUGAUGGACCAUGGGAUCAGGGUGGCUGCUCAGGAACUUCUUAAAGGCUUGGGACAGGUCAAGUCUUGGGCAUGUUUUCCUGCUGGAAGUCCUGAGCCCACAUGAAAGGCUUGGAGCCUGAAGGAUCACUGAAGAGGGAAGUAGGAGGGGUGGGUUUGUAGGACUCCGUGUGUGUGUUCUUAUCAGUAGCACCAAUGCUUUCAUCACCUUUAAAUGCACUUACUGUAGCUCUCUGGUAGUGGCUGAGAGUGGCUGGGCUUGAGAAACAAGGCGGUGAGGCUGUAUGCCACAAGGAAUCUGGCUUUGGGGAGUAGAUUCACUUGGAGUCCAGCUUGGGUUAUAGCAGCCAGACUCUGACUUUGCUGGCAUCUGGAUUUAUAGUUGCAGAGCUGAGAUCAUGAGCAGGUGCAGUAAAACCUGUAUCUCAUUCUGGAUAUGGGGAGCCAAGACUCAGCUGAUCUCCUGGGCAGAGAGUGUGCAGAGAGAUUUUCUAGUGCUCUAGCAUUAGCUGCCAACUGAAUGGGCUGAUGUUUACAUCUGGGGAAAACAUCCCCAUGUGAUCUCUUUCCCUUCUUACCCCCAACAGCCUGAACCCCUGUUCCAGUUCCACAGCUCCCAGUUGAGCUUGCAGCGUUUGAGCACUUUAACCUGUCUUGGUCUGCUUGGCUGGCUACAGAGAAUUUGGUGCCAUGGUGCAGCAUCUUAGCUGGAAAUCUGCUUUAGGCUGGAGAGUUGCUCAAAAAGAACUUUUACCUGCCUCUUUCACCUAACAGCCUGUGAAAUCAGCAGCAAGGUAUCCCUUAUCUAAGUCUUAGUCUUAGGUUGGCAGGCCUUUUCCACUCUUAUUCCAUUUUCCAGGGUAGUUUGAUUUCAGUUAAUCUUUUGAGGUGAAUGUACAGCCUAUAUAAAACUUCUAAACAGGAAAAAAAGCAAAAAUUCAGAAACAGUUUUAUGGUCCUUGUUAUUUUCUUUUCAGGAACCUGCCUUAGGCGGAAGUGUUUAAUGUCACAUUGGUGUAAAUCAGGGGUAACAUCUUUAAAAUCACUGCGUUUAAACAAGCAUAAAAAAUGGUUUAGGUGAGAUCAGGAUCAGAUCUAAGAGUUCCCCAAUGCCUAUUUCCCAGCCAUGCCUCAGGCAACUUUCAGGCCCCAACUCCCUGAAGAUGUGUGAUAAAAGGCAUGUGAACAUACAUAAUUGUUCUCUGAGCCCUGCGUAAAUUGAGACUCAGAACUACUUUCAAACUUGAAAUCCCAGAACAUUUGAUUCUUCUGUCACUGAGAGAUUGAGGGACUUGCUUAGGUCAAAGGCAAGAGUAUUCCCUUCCAUUUAUGAUUAGCUGCUUGCUUGCUUUCUGCAAGAUGCAGCUUCAUGUUUGGUCUUUAAAGGAACCUUUGUACAGAAGGACCCCAGAUAUAUGGCCUGAUGCUUAACCUAUAAAUCUAUCCCUGUAUGUACAGAUAUUUUUAGCAUGCUCAUCCCUGAUGUGAGUGCCUAAAGUCAAGAUACAUAAAGAGUCUGUAGUUUCAUUUUUGCAUAGCGCUUUGCAUACAGACUGAACCGCAGAUUACUUUGAUGUAGGACCAUGUUGAUAUCAGUCUAUUAUGGAUUCAAGAAAGGUGAUAGCCUUUCCUUUUCUAUCCAGAUUCCAAUUUUGCGUGUGUCUGUUCUGCCUCCAUACCUUUCCCUGCAUUAUAUAGGAGAUGGUGUUCCUCCUCUUUUUUUUUUGUUUGUUUGUUUGUUUUUGUUUUAUCUGUUUGGUAGAGUUGCAGAGUUGCCUGGAGGAGCUCCCUCUCCUGCCUCAACAGUUGACAGUGGGUGGCUGGCUUGGGGGAUGCUCCAUGGGCAUGAGCAGCCACAUGCAGCCCUGCUUCGAAUGCCCUUCGCUGGCAGCACUCUGCCCAAUUUGAUCUGUGCAGUGAACCUGCACAAUUUCAGGAGCUGUGUUGAUGGUGCUUUGGGGCUCACAGGAUUAAAUGUAAGUUGCUGUUAUGACAUGGUGAGUGAUUUAAAGCAUGGAGUUAAAUUUUGAGUUUGUGUAGCACUUAGCAUAACAAGGCCUGGCAUGGCUGUGGCCUUUAGGCAGUUUCACCAUAUAAAUGUUUAUAAGUCCAAUAAUCCUCAUUAAAUACACUUUUAAUACUUGGUGGCUAUUUAAAAGGUAAAGGCACCAAUCAAAUGUGAAUUAAGUUCACCCACAGAACACUUCCUUGGUGUACUUCAUUGCUAAGAGCUGAUUUGCUGCCCUAUUUUCUCUCCACUUUACUGUAAAUUCAGAGAAAAAACAAGGUGCUGAUAAAGUAAUGGGUCUUGUGUUGCUGUCGGGCUUAGCACCUUCUAAUCUUGUCUAAAAUCUUCAAACUUUAAAUAGGCCAAGGUGGCUGUCCAGGCUCCUUGAAAAGCAGUGCUGACCCUUGAAGCUGUCAGCUAGCAAGCUCUGCUGAUCUGGCUUACUCGGGCCUGAUUGUAUUCCAGAGGCUGUAGUGGUUUCUUCUGAAGCUGAAGUGCUCCAGGGUAUCUUGAAAGUGUCCAAGGGUGACUGUCACUAAGCUGAGAAUAAUUUUCUGAUGUCUCAGACAUGGUACGCUUGGCUGUAUAGUCUCAGUUUAGCUCCAGAAAUCUACUGGUUAAGAGCAUUUCGUUUUUAAUAUGGAGAUACUUUUUAUAUCUUUUCCAUUUGUUCUUCUUUGUAUUAUUUUUUGCACUAGGCUGAUCUUGUUAAGUCAGUUGCACUGUUGUCCCUAUCCUGCAAACCUUGCGGACGGGUCACCUCUCGGUACCUGCGGGCUGGGAAGUGCUGCAGAGUCAGGCUCCUGGGAGCCGGUUUCGCUCUGGCUCUGUUGUUCAGUUUCCAGCUCCGCACAGGGAGGAGGCUUUAAAGAGGAGAAUAAAUGUGAUAUUGUUAUUUGUAUCAGGAAGCUUUUCUAUCACUUUAAUGUAGUUAAACUUGUUUUUAACAAACACUGUAAAAGCUGGACUUCUCAGAGCGGUGUGCCAGGUACCAGAGCAGACAGAAGACAGUAAUUCCUGGAAAACUAUUUCCCACAUACUAAGAGUUCGUUGUAGUCCCAUCUGCUAGAUGUUUGAUCACACUGACACCUGGUGGCUGCUGGGAGUUAGAGACAAAGAAUAAAAAAAAGGGACUUUUCUUCCUCCUCCUUAACUAUGGAUAUUUAUUUUCCUGUGAUUUACCUGGAACAGUCGCCUGUUGUAUUCACGCGGGGGGCUCGCUCAAGGGAUGGCUCGUGUGAGCGCGUCCCCACCCGCAAAGCGUCGAGAUGAGCUGUUCCCGGGCAGCGACACAGGGCCGCAGCCCCGUCCCCCCGCUUUCUCCUCCACGUCGCCCCUCUGCGAGCACGGCCAGACGUCAGGGGCGCCUGACCAGGAAUGAAGGUGGUUCUCCGGAGCGGAGCUCUGCGCCCUGGGGAGCGCCGGUGUUCGCCCAAGGCACAGCCGGCGUCAGCAGGGUGGCCGUCCCCGGCAGGGACGCUCAGAUGUUUAAAACGGGACCCGCAACGUAGAGCAGUAGCCAACGCGCACGAGGACUCUGCAUCUGCCCGGCUGCCCCGUGGCCGACAGAGGGUAGGGAGACGCUGAGGAGUGACCCAAGCUCUGCAAAGCGCCUGUCACGUUGAGAAGGUCCUUCAAGAUCCCACCUCGAGAAGCCCUCUGGGCAAAGGACGCCAGUCUGAGCAGCAGCUUGUCCGUGUUUCGCCAGUCGCGUGGCAGGAAGCAUCUCCUCACCGGGGGGGUCAAGGCACCUGGGGCUCCACCGAGAGAGACGCCACGUGCACCGGCCCCCGCGAGGGCCCUGGGGGCUCGGCCCGGCGGCGAGCGGAGCGCGCCGUCUCGCUGCCCUUGUUCCUGCACAGCCUGUUGGAGGCUGCUGCUGGAGAAAGCUAGAAACUCUUGUGUCUGCCCUGGAAGCCACGAGGUCGUGGCUUGGUCGUCUUUGCAAUAAAAAGCACCUCCCGGUGUCUGAGCACUGA